AGAUACCUGCUUUAGAACCAGACUGGGUCUCACCUCUUGAAGCAGGCAGGUAGUGCACUGUGGACGCUGUUGGCCUCAGCAGACGCACUGUGUUGGAGCCGAACUUCCGGUGCUGCUUCGGCCUGCCGUCCGGUUCUGCAGCGCUCCGGUACAGACUCAGCAUGAACUGCAGGUUCUGGUCUGCUUUCUGCUCUUCCGUUAAGGGCCGGUGAUGCUGCUGCUGCUGCGCGCCUUUAAGCCUCGCGCUCUGCUGACCCCGGCGGCUGCGCCUCAGCGUGGGCCGGGAGGACAUCUUGUUCCCGGGCAUGACUCCGUGUCCGGCGCAGGUGGAACACAGCAGGUAAAUAAAAGAGGUGAGCACGCAGACCCGCAGGAGGCUCUGUUUGCUGCGGGUCGCCCUCAUGGUUCGUGUAAAAACCUCUGGCGCUAGAGAGCUCCACCAAAGAGGCUACAGACGGACACCAUCCUGCGCGCGGCCCAGGGCGGGAUUUACAGGCUUACCUGAUCGCUGGCCAUUUUGGUGAACACGAGCGACUCACCUGACUGACCCCAAUUAACCCCGAGGAGCGUGAGGAGCCACGUGAUCUGUGCGUGCUGCGGUGAUGGAGAAGCACAGGGACCGCUACCGAGUCACUCAAGGCUAAAAGACACCCGACAGAAAGACUUACAAAGACCUGGAGGGGGGACAAGAAAAGAAGAGACACUAAGGUUCCGGUUCCAGGAGGGGACAGAAUGGAGACCGUGGAGCAGCUCGUGUCUUUCCACCACAUUCAGGUCCAGUUGAGCGGGGGCGCGCCUUGGGGGUUCACCCUGAAAGGAGGUCUGGAGCACGGGGAGCCACUCAUCAUCACUAAAAUCGAGGAUGGAGGGAAGGCGGCGCUGUGCAAGAAGCUGAAAGUGGGAGACGAGCUCAUUAACAUAAAUGGCUCCGCCCUCUACGGCAGCAGGCAGGAGGCGCUCAUCCUCAUCAAGGGCUCGUACAGGAUCCUGAAGCUGGCGGUCCGGAGGCGCAGCGUUCCCAUCAUCAGGCCUCACUCCUGGCACCUGGCAAAGCUAUCGGAGCCACCCCUCCCUCCCCCUCCCCCUCCUCCAUCUCCUCCUCCACCCUGCCUCCCCGCUGCAGACUCCCCUCCUCUCCCACCUCCGCCCCCUCUGUCUGCCAUGCAGCUCCACCCCGGCUCGUACACACUACCCUGGCACACAACUGACAACAGUGACUUGUCCUUGCAGUGGAGUCAGCUGUCCAGACCGUACUCCUCCACAGAUCGCAGCAGUUCCCUCGGCUCCAUGGAGAGCUUGGACACACCGACACCCUCCACGCAGCCCUACUCCGACUCCCACAAUUCCCCCGUUGACCCUGCACUUUUCAACAACAAGAGAGACUCUGCCUAUAGUUCGUUCUCCGCCAGCUCCAACACAUCCGACUACGCAACGGUGCCACUACGGCCCGGGGAAGCCUGCUCCAUGGAUAACCUCCUCCAGAGUUUGGGGCCGGCUUGUCGAGGUGGCUACCCUGGUGGUGAUACCUCGACUCUAGGGAGUGCAACAGGCGAGGUCCCACAUGAGGCACAGCUUAUUGUGCUGAAGUCAAGGUCCUUGACCAGGCCAAGACCAAGGCCUGUGGAGGUAAAAGAGAGGCCCUCCUCCUGCUGUUAUGAGGAGGACCGGAGGGGAGAGGAUUUUGAAAUCGUAAGGAAUGGCGAUAUCGGAGGGGAGAGGAAGAAGAAUCCUCCUCAGCCUCCAACCAGGAAGGACAGUUUUAGAGCCACCAGGAGUCGCCCUGGUUCUGCCAACAAGCGUUGCACUUCUGCCCCUAUUGAAAUUUCAAUUGUUUCUUCUUACAAUAAGGAAAACCAGUCCUCUCUGAUUGUUGAAACAGGACUCCAAAAUGGCUUCUCAGCACCUGAAGAAGGUGUUAAAACUGGGAAUUCCAAAGAGGAUACCUUGGAUUUGCACUACAUCCAAAGACACACUAAAGACAUUCGACAUAACAGAUGUGAAAUUAGUGCUACUAAAGACUGUGAUCCAGACACCAUUACAAAUCACUUCUCUGAACCAGUCACAGACUCUCUAGUCUCCUUCAGCUCCUCCCGUCCUGGCUCCUUAUCUGAAGAACCCUCCACUGAGGCUCAAGAGCAGUCUCACACCAUGGACUCCCAGAACAGGCACUCCUCAAGAGGACUACACCGGCACAGCGCUCCUGAGAAGCUCCUCGCAACCCAGCUUCAGCUACUGGAGUUUGACAGUGACGGCUCUUCAUCGAAGCCUCACAAUCCCUCAAAACUUCCUGAUCGCUCUGUGUCCCCUUGUAGCAGCCAGUGGUCCCAAUCAUCUCUCCAGAAUAUGAGGGAAGACAAAGACCCCUCUCAAAACCAUACCAAUGCCCAGAACAAAUGGGAAGGCAGCCGUUGCUCCACUCCAGGAUCUGUGUUCUUGGAAGGGGGUGAUGACAGUCUAGGUUCAAGUGAGAGGCUGGACGGGGCGGUUGUUAAUGGCGAGUCCAUUCCUCCAGUUGAGCAUCACCAUCCUUGGGGCCGCUCUGUGAGUGUACCAGGGGACCCCUCUGGGUCCUCAACUCAGGGAAGGUCAUGCUCGGACCAAAUUCUUGAAAGAGACUUUGAGCCUCUUAGUGCUGCUGCCAGUGUGGACACCUUACUGGAGGAGCAGAGAGUCGCGGACAGAGAAAGAAACGGAGGUAAAAAAGUGGAAGGUAUGGAAGGAGAGGCAGAUAUGAGGAGGUCGCACACAUCCAGGAACCAUCGUCGAAACCGUCGUCGCAGCGAGAGAUUUGCUACAAACCUCCGCAAUGAGAUCCAGAGGAAAAAGGCCCAGCUUCAGAGAAGCCAUGGCCCAGGAGGGUUGCUCUGUAGUGGGGAAACUGUCCAUGAGGAAGAGGGUCCAGAUCUCAAUGAGGAUGGAGUAGAACCAGAUUUACCCGCCAAGCAAAGGAUUACCAAAGUUGCAUUUGCAUCACCUGUUAGUCCCCAAAACACAGGUGCCACAGAACCAGAUGAGAAAUCAACUGAAUCAAACCAUGAUGAGGAAAAGACUCAGACUCAGCCAACAACCUACCCUCAAAGCAACAAUCUAUCUACAGCUGUCCAAAUUCUGGACCCAGGAGUCCCUAGUUUUGGUGUUGGCAUCCGAGUUGUGGAGGAACCAGCUCCUGCUGGCAAAGCCCGCCGCUGGCGUUGGACCCCUGAACACAAACUCCAACCAGAACCAGAACCAGAGAGACGGAGUAGAGUCUCGGGUGAGAGGGUGGUGGGAGUCACUGGGUCAAGGCAUGGGGUUUGUGCCUUUACCCCCUCGUCCACUUCCACAUAUAGUCGGUCCUCUUCCUGUUCGCGGAUGGACGAGUCAGAUAUCCUUCCAUUUGCAGAUAGAAUGAAGUUUUUCGAGGAGACAAGCAAAGGCAUGUCCGGGUCAAACGGGUCGAGUCUGACAAGUCGCAGGCAGAACAGACCCCAGCAACAUCUAGAGCUCCAAGGAGGGGAACUCAGUCAGCACCACUCCCAAAGGAGGUACUCCUACCAGGGUGGUCUUCAUCAGGAAAGUUCCCUGCUUUCAAGCUCUGUGGAAGCCCGGAGGGUGUCUGUUAGUACCAGCAGGGAGAGGCAGAGAGAGAAGGAGAGGGAACAAGCGCAAGAACGAGAGGAGAGGUCAAGGCAGAGGGAGGAGAGGAUGAGGGAACGGGAGAGGCAGAGGGAGAAGGAAAGACAGGAGAGGGAAUUAGAACUGGAGAGGGCAAGACUCAGGGAGAUCCAGCGGGAGAGGGAGCGAGAGGAGAGGCUGAGACAGUGGGAGAAGGAAAGAGAGAGGGAGCUGGAGUUGGAGAGAGAAAAGGAGAUGGAGAGGGCCAGAGAGAAGGAACGUCUCCAGAGGGAAAGGGAGAGAGAGCUUGAGAGAGAAAGAGAGAAGGAGAGGGAAGAAGAUGCUCAGCUCACCUCACAUCAGGACUUUUAUAACUUCAAAGAAAAGAAUCAGGACUACCAACACAACGUUCACAACUUCCAGCCCAAGCCUCAAACGUCCUUCUCCCAUGGCCAAGCCCAGAAUCAAGUCCCGCGGUCGGCUUUCUAUCCAGUCAACACUUCUUCCCAGCCAGUGGAGUAUCAACAGUCUCAUCACCAGGGAUUCACAACAAGAAGCUACACACCAACAGAGACGUAUCCCGCCCGGCAACAGGAAACUGCCAAGCUCAAUCGGAAGUACAGCCUGACUGAGAGGGACUACUCAAGUUGGAGACGGGAGUCCAGACCCCCAGAGAGCGUUAACCAGUAUCAUCAGCCCCAUCAACGGGGUCAGUGGAGCUCCAGGCAGGCGGACGCAGGCAACAAGGAUCAGAAUGGAUACUCUUUCCCUCCCCCGCCGGCUCCUCUCUCGCUCCGAGGACGAGCCAUGUCCGAGAACGAUCUCAGGUUCGACAGCAGCCACCGCUGGUCGCCGUCCAUUUCUGUGUCCACCAGCCAGACGCUGAACGAGGUGGAGGAGGGAGCGGGCGGUGUCAGCCAAAACACCGCCCAGCCAAACAGGAAGAAGACGCCACCUCCCCCGAGACCGCCGCCUCCAAAGUGGGAGCAGUUCCACCGCAGACGCGCGUCUCACCACACCCUCUUCUCCUCCUCCUCUUCCACUUCUUCAGCUUCUGCAGCUACUCCAAACUCCAUCCACUCCUCCUUCACCCCUCCACCUGAAACGUCCAGACAGCGCUCCUACAGCCUCCCUCCAGAGAGACAGGAGGCGUCGGAGAGCUGCCCCCGCUGCAACUGCAACCAAAGCCAACAGAUUCCGACGAAUGACGUAAACCACGUGCAAACCCGGGAGCACGCCUUCUCCCAUGCUCCGUCCAAUCAGGAUCAGGUUGAAUGUCACGGGCAGCCUUUUGCCGUCGCUCCGCCCAGUCCUAUGUUCUCCAGGCGGGCUUUCAGACCAGUGGCUCCGCCUCAAAGAGAGAGGGACCAGAGAGGCUCGUAUGGAGGACAGCAGGAGAGGAUGGAGAUUUUAACUCCACCUCUUCCUCCUUUACCUGCAGAGGAGAGUUUGAACAGUGUCCCUGAGAUAAACAUCAGUCACAGUCCAGACCAGGACCGAGGAAGACCUUACAAACAGCAGACUACUGUUAGACCUGGAGCCGAGUGGGAGAGGACCCCGUCCCCCAGAGUUCGCUGCGACUCAAAUCUUGCACCUGUGAUAGAAAACGGAGGCGAUGGCGCCGUUCUACCUCCAGAGUCCUACUUCUCCAUCGACUAUGAGCAGCAGCAACGGCAGCUCCACAUGAGCGCCGACCUCCAGAAGAUCCCCAAACCAGGAACGGAAUCAGAGACCACCCUCAGCCCGAGUCCCGCUCACAGCCUGGACGCAGAACUGGACAUCCCAAUGGAGACAGACAUCGACGACUUCCAGGAGGACGAGGGAUGUCCAGCGGAGGACGGUCUGCCAGCGAUCACCAGCGAGCUCCCGUGCUUCGCUCUGCCCGUCACGGUCCUGGAGACGGAUAUCGACACCUUACAGGACUCUGAGGCCUCGCCUUCAGGGAGGGCGAGGGCGGAGAGCAGCUCCGUGGAGGAGGAGCUGGAGGCCGGGGAGAGCAGCAGAGAGAGGCUGAGUCUGGAGGACCUCUUCCCCCACAGCAGUGAGGGGGAGUCGGGCACGGAGAGCUGGAGGGGAGCCUACCAAAGCACGGAGCACAACACGGACAGCCUGGAUAGGCGGUCGGGUGCGAGCUCCAGCUGUUCCUCUUAUUACAGCACGUCUGCAGCCAAAGCUCAGCUGCUGUCACAGAUGAAGGACUUCACGGAUAACAGAGAGAGGGACGAGGACGACGAGCUGACGUAUAAGAAACAGCUGAUGGAGAGCCUCAGGAAGAAGCUGGGCGUGCUGAGGGAAGCUCAGAGGGGGCUGCAGGACGACAUCAGAGCCAAUGCACAGCUGGGAGAGGAGGUGGAGAGCAUGGUGGUGACCGUGUGCAAACCCAACGAGGUGGACAAGUUCCGCAUGUUCAUCGGCGACCUGGACAAGGUGGUGAGUCUGCUGCUGUCGCUGUCUGGGAGGCUGCUGAGGGUGGAGACCACGCUGGACACACUGGACCCUGAGACCGAGCACCAUGAGAGGCUCCCCCUGCUGGAGAAGAAGCGUCAGCUCAUGAGGCAGCUGUCUGAGGCUCAGGACCUGAAGGACCACGUGGACCGCAGAGAGCAGGCCGUCAGCAGGGUGCUCGCCCGCUGCCUCUCCCCUGAGCAGCACAGAGACUACAGCCACUUUGUGAAGAUGAAGGCGGCCCUGCUGGUGGAGCAGAGGCAGCUGGAGGACAAGAUCCGGCUGGGAGAGGAGCAGCUGCGGGGGCUGAGGGAGAGUCUGGGGCUGGGGCUGGGACUGGGACUGGGGAUCGGUAUGGGAAUGUCGAUGGGAUACGGACAUUACUGAAGAAGAAACACUCACAAGACAUGAAAAAGCCGGGUGUGCAGUCUGUCGGAGGGAAUAGUUCAACAUUUUGGGAUCGGUGCUUUUUUUUUUACCCACAGCUCUUUAACUCACAUUUUACAACAUUUCACGUUAUUCAAUCCCCUUGGAGUUUUCUGUCUGUACAUGAAAGACCGUUAGAAAUAGUUGGAGUAGUGUUCUAAUCGGAAAAAGUGGAGCCAGUGCCAAAGUGCCUUGAUGCUGCAGUUCCUCUACUGACCAGCAGGGGGCGACCUUACUUUUUUUUUUUUGAGAUUGGGCCGACUUUUCACAGGAUUUCAAACCUUAAUGGUCUGAAUCACUAAAUUGAAGUCCUUUUUAAAACACCAUGAAGGUAAUUUUGUAAAUAUAAGGCUACCUUGUAAUUCACAAAUAGCUACAAUAAGACCUGAAAAAAAAGCCCUGUUCAGCUGUUGGUUGUUGGUGAAGACGCUCUGAGGAGGGAAAACGUGUGUUUUUCAUCAGCCACAAAAAAACGUCCUUGUAGUACAGUUGCACCAAACCAAGCUGCCAUUGGCUCCCAUCACUUCUCUUCAGAAUUCAUGAUAACUUUAGCAUCCAAAAUAAAUAAAUAAACAAAUAAAUAAGAUGGUGACAGACAGAAUACAAAAUUCAAGACUUAAAAAUAUCGGCUUGUUAACAAAUGGUUGACGCCACAGUGGCUCUGUCGCCAAACGCCAUCUUUAACCCUCCAAAUGAAGAGUUCAUUUGCAAAAACAGAUUUAAAAAUUGUUUAAAAAAACACAUUUUUUCUAUUACUAACUUCAGGUAUUAUCAAUCAAUUGAAGUUGGGUUGCUUUGACUAAGUCAAAAUGACAUUUCUAAUCAGAGGUAUCUCAAAAAAGUAACUUUAUUAAAAAUCUUUAUUAAAAAAAGAAAUUAGUUUUUUGCAAAUUUGCAAAUGAACUCUUCAAAUAUUUGAACUGCUCCUUUAAGGAUUAGAAGAAGUGAUGAUGCAGAUGUUACGGGACCAAAAAAGUGACAGCUAGAAAAGCUCCAGCGAUGUUAAACACAGGGAAGUUUAGACCCUGAUUCACGAUGAAGAUUUAAGACCAAUACAGGAGACACGAAUCCAAGUCCUCUAAUAGAGAGAAAGAAAAGACUUAAAGUGCCACAGCCAAGGACAAAAAGACUGAAGAAGAAGAAGAGAGUUGAGGAUGACUCUAUGAACGUUCCGUCAUGAACGUAGAAGAACCAGAGGAUGUUAUCCCCAAAUUUCCUGCAAGUAAAAGAUCAAAAAGCUAAAAAAAAAAACUUAAAAUAGUUUAAAAAUAACCCAGAAAGAUGUACUGUAACUCCUCCAACACUAACCAGUCUCACACUACGUUGCCAAAGACAUUUCCCGCUCCAUGAAUGUGUCACUGAGACGCUGCUUGAUUGUGUAUUUAAAUCUCCGGGUUCAGAGAAUCGAAGAAGGAGACUUUCUUUUUUAUUUCCUGGUGCUUCACACUAAGACGCCCACCGUGUUCCCGUUAACGUAACUGAAGUGUCCUUUCUGCAGCUUUACGAGGAAGUUAGCUUAAAUGUGUUAUUUUGUUUUGUUGCUGGUUGACACGCCUGCAUUGAGAAACACGCAUACUGUAUUAUCGACCUUAUAUCGUUUUUGUAUUUCCUCUCACUGUAAUGUCUUCGGAUGUAACGUUUCACUGUGUGGAGUUUGAGACCCCACCGACCUGUUUCACUGUCACGUAUUACCUGUACAGAGGACACGUGUGUUUAUACUGUGUAAGAUGUGUAUAUAGUGACUGUGAUGUUUGAAGUGACUGGAAUAGGAUGUAAAAAAAUUGGUUGUUAAAGAAGGAUGAGAAGGAUCCGGAGAGAGAGGUUUACUUUAUAUGUCGAUGAUGAAUAAAUCCCAAGUGGAAAUGCAAUUUUUGCCCCAAGCUUCAUCAAACAUCAGGUUCAGUUUGAGAAAUGUUAAGUCCCUUACUGUUUUCUUUAACCUCAAAGUUUAAAUUUAAGGUUUAAGAUUUAUUUGAAGUUCACUAGACCUGUAUUUGUCUAGAGUAACAUGAGAAAAUUGAUACCACUGUAAUUUCUACCAUUUAAUUCAGUUAGCGUAGCUUAGCAUAAAAACAGGACUCUUAUUGAAACUGCUAGCUUGCCUCUGUCCAGCUACCAACACCUUAUAACACAUUCAUUUUGUGCCAAAUCUUGCUUUAAAAUUUAUUACAAGAAGUUAAAUCCAAAAAUAACACAAAGGGCUAAUAGCUAAUGUUGCUAUCCUAUUUAGCUAGCUCAUUUCAAAGCUUCAAAAGUGGAUGAGGUAGCUUUAAAGUUUACGCUAAGAACAUUUUUGGAAAAGACUGUCUUAUUUAAAGGUAGGCUUGUUAUUUUUUCUGUUUCCAGCCUUCAUGCUAAGCUAGGCUAACAUGACUUUGAAUGCAGUCGUAAAAAAAAAAAAAAAAAAGAUUAAUGUUUUAUCAAAAAGUGAUUUCCCAAAAAAUGCAUAUGGACUGCUUUUUAAGUGACAAAACCUCUUAAAGGGCCAUUUUCCCCAAUCCCUGAGUUACUUUUUUACUACUACGGUUAACUAUUGGAGCUAGCCCGUUUAAGCUAGGUGUCUCUGUCCAAGGGCUAACAAAAUCUGCCCAGUAACAGUUCUAAAUCCUUUAAAAUAACUCUUCACAUCUGACUAAUUUACAAUAAAAUAACCAAAAUAUCACUACAACACAGAAGCAGACUAGCUGUUGAAGCUAGCCUGUUGUAGGUAGCCUGUUUAAGCUAGGUGACUCUGUCCAAAGGCUUACGGUAUUAGCCUGUAAAGUUAAAAAAACAUAACCAGUUAGGAAAGUGACUUGUAGAAGACACACAGAAUACGGCUAGUUGUUUGGGCUAGCCUGUUUAAGCUAUUGUGAUUAAGCUAGGUGGGUCUGCCUGAAUGCUAACAAGCAAUUUUCUAUCUUGUUUAACGAGCAAACAAAGCACAUUUUGCUAGUUUAUGAUAAAGAACCAAAAUAUCAACAAAACCCAGGAUUGGGUCUUGCUUGAUUAGCCCAAACUAGCUAGCUUUAGCUAAUCAAGCCAGGCCCAAUCCGGGGUUGUGUUGAUAUUUUGGUUCUUUAUCAUAAACUAGCAAAAUGUGCUUCGUUUGCUUGUUAAAUGACAUAGAAAUUGCUCACCUUGCUUAAUUAGCUAAAACUAGCCGGUUUUAGUUAAUCAAGCUAGCCUUCUUUGUGCUGCUGGAUUUAUCUCCAUGUUUAACCUACUGAUGUCAGAGUGGUAUCAAUCUUCUCAUCCAAGUUUCAGCGAGUGCAAUGUGAGUUUAUUUCACAAUAUGUCAAAGUAUUAGAAGUUAAAGUGCCAAAUAAAAGAGAACAACUAAUUUGUGAAACAGGAUUUAAGUCGAGGUUUGAAACAGGUAGUUUCCUGAUUCUUGGGUGAAUUAUCCACCGUCACAUCUCGCUCUUUUUAUAACCUCAGACCGGACUGAUUCAUCCUGUCUGUCUGAGAAUAAAACAACAGAAAGAAAGCUGCAGCUUGUUGAGAAAUGUGAGGGACUCUGUUAGAGGGAUUGUGUAUAUUUUGGAUGAAGUUAAAGACAUUUAAUAUCGUCUACAUUUUCAGAUUUACAGGUUGAAGUUUAUUAAAAGUGACGGUCUUACACUCGUUUGUUCACUCUCAGAUGAUUCCUGCUGUUUUAACACCAAAAACUCUGAACUGAAGUUGUCUACAUAUCCUUGUUCUGUACAUAUCGUGUGUAUUUUUGUACUAUAACAGCCGUUUUUUAAAACUGACUGGAAAAAGAGAAAGGAAAAAGUUGCUUGUUUGGCUCGUGUGAGGGUAUAUUUCUUCUGUUCUUGUUUUCCUUUGUAAGUUUGAUAUAUUACAGGACCUUUUUUUGUAAAAUGUAUUGAAAUAUUGUAAGUGAAAAACACUCCUGUGAGUAAGAAGUACCAUAAAUAAUAAUAAUAGUAUUUUAAAGUA